GUCUGCUUCAAGCGUUCGUGUCGGUUUGGUUACGUCGCUCAUGCUCGCGCGGGGUCUUUCCAUGCGUUCACGAUCAUACUUCGUUUAUGAUAAAACUUUCAACUAACCAGUUAAGUUUUUUCGACUCCUAGACGUCCAGAAGCCUUAGGUGGUGGUAAGUUAUGUCAUGUAGGAAGUGACAUGAGCUGUGAAGUUGAAUGUAGCUGUCAUGUGAUUGUGGAGCGUGUGCCGCUGUGAAGAGUUUGACCCAGUGUGGCUUGGGCUCCCAGGUGCAGUGUGUGUAGACUCCACCUCCCUUGGCUAAUUCCUCAGGGCAGUGUGCAAGGGACCUCCAAACAAGUAUUGUGUACACGAUGGUGAAUGUCGAGUGAGUUACCAAAUCUGUGGAUUCGUGAGAAUACUCUGUCCCUGCCGCGAGCCAAGAGAGCCAUGAGGCGAGUCGGAGAGUCUCCGGUGAGGGUGUUGGAGACCAACAUUGACCUCCCAUUGUCGGUGAACGGGGACUUGAAUAAGGGCCCCAAUGGGAACAAUCGCGGGGCCGUGCAUGAUCACCACCAUCACCACCACGACCAUGAAGCUGAAGCCGCUGCUCCCACCGACACAAUGCUUGCCCACCACCACCACGUCAAAUAUCCGCUGCCCAACGAUGACGACGACGACGACGAUAUCAAGGGCAAACCGGGCAAGCUACAGAAGAUGGCACACCGGCAUGGCCUGACAAAGAAGGGGCUGCUGCUCCUGUUGCUGGUUGGCUUUUUGUGCGUGGUGCAGCUUGUGGCUCUGCUGGUGAUGACUGUCCUCUGGCCCAAAGACCUCGAGCAACUCAAGACGGAGGUGUGCCUUACUCCGGACUGUCUGCGUGCUUCUGCUCAGGUCUCCACGAGUUAUCGUCACCUCAAGGGUGAGUGGGAUGCCGGAGGGGACCUGGACACGGAGGCUGGCAGGUCCGCCGAGGCCAGCAGGAGCCUGGCGCUGGAGGCCAAAGGAGCCAAGUCGCAGCGGAGGUCCAGCGCUGAGGAGGGCAAGGAACGGCACUCGCCCGGGGAACAAGAGAAGCGAUAGUCUCUAUCAGACCCGCGCAGGCCCAUCAAGCUGAAGGUGAUUCCCCGCAACGUGACCGUAGGGCGCGGCAUCGGCUUGCCCAUGGGCGGUCCCCUGGCUGCCGCCCGCUCCCCACACGUGCCUUGUGCCCCCUCGCCUGCCUGCACCCGUGCUAUCCACACUGCCGUCGUUCACUCCUCGGGAGGCCACACACUUCUCCGUGGCACGCCCGCCUUCCAGCAGGCGCCCACGUCCUUUGCCUCCGUGGCGCUGCGGUAUGGGCGGCGGUGCAGCUCCCCACAGACGCCCCAGUUGACCGGCUGUGCCUCCUGCACGGCAGCGUCCCACUCCGCCCAGAUCUCUCCUUCGGGCCCCAGGUCCCAGCGCCUCACCUCCAGCAGCGGUGACCACUGGAGUGCCUUUAUCAGCAAGAACCACCGCACCCAGAGUGUAGGGGCCGCCGUGCCGGCCGGGGAGAUGGACUGGCUGCCCGCGCCGUCACCCUGUUCCAAGUAGAGCUCCUGGUCCUCGGUGUCCACGGACAACGACUCUGGUCCCUCCUGCUGUGACACAAGGAGCAGCUCUCUCAGCGACGGGGAGCGGUGGACGGCGGAUGAAUACUUCGACUCCCGCGCCUUCUUCCGCAUCAUGUCCGACCCGCCGAUCCUGGUGGUGGGCGGCGUGCGUCAGAGGAGUUGAAAAAUGUGAGAGAAGACACAGUAUGUUGAGGGAAGGCAGCUGCACUAGUGACAGCAGCAGCAGAGCCCCACCACUGCUGCUGUUCCUCUCCUCUUCCCAGCACAGCAGCACACAGGACACAUUUCCAUCAUCUUUAAAUCCCGGACACUUGUGCCUUGGUGAUAAUCUCACAGCAGCAAACCCUACAUUGCUCAGGUCAACUUCCAGCUAGAAUCAUAAUAUCUGGAGUUAUUUUUCCACAAAGGAGGAUUCAAAAUAUCCCCCCCAAAAAAUAAGAUAUUUUUAGAAAUGAAAAUCCACUCGAAUUUUCUGCCUGAAGCUCUCGUUAAAAUGACUCCCUCUUGAAUCUUGUGUCCGACUCCAGCUGUGUCCAAGAGAAUGGAUCUCCAGUUUGUAGUGAGACUUCCGAGCCGCCCAGACCUGUGAAGGCGAGCAGUCUGUCAGAUAAUGAGAGUAGACAACAUAAGCAACAUAAUGAGAGACAAAGUCACAAUAAUAGAGAUAAAAUGAAGGCACUCAAGUAUUAAUGAGAAAACAAAUUCUGCAAAGUAAAAUAAUGAGACAGUAAGGCCAGUCAACAAAUAAUAGUGAAUUUAUUGUAGGAAGGGUCUGCUGUACUACUUAAUGACCAUUCAAGUCUACUUGUUAAAGAUGUGUUUACACUUUGAAGUGUCAUUUUCUUGUACUAUGAUACAUUUUUUACUAUUUUCUUCCACCUGCCUUAAUUAACAUUGAGUAGAGUCUCACUAAUACAACUUGAAUAUUACUCAGCCGGCAGUCUUUGCCAUGGUGGAGUGUGACACUGAAUCAGUACUGACAUUUUAUCAUUUACAUUUCAUUACUUUGAUUACUCAACAAAAUACUGCAUUGUUUUUUGUAACCUGCUGACUGGUGAAGGGACAACGUGUGCUCCUCAACACUUGGUUCUUGCCACGUGCCGCAGCAGACUGACAGCUUCCAGUGGGCCUGUCUGAGGGGCGUGACCUCCGCCGCAUUGCUUCAGCAGCCUUCAAGUCCCGGCAAUGAAACGGUUCGUGUGAGGAAGACUGCUUCUGGUGCUACAGGUGGAAAUUGUUACUAGUGUGUAAGUAUGUGGUAAAUAUCUGUGGAAACCAAAGGAUGUUUUCACUCGUACCAAACGUUAUGAUCAUGGAGAUAUCUCUCUUCCUGCACACAAAACAACUACAACCACCUAAUUAUUUAUUACACACACACUCCUAUACCAGCCUAGGAGUCCCCAUCUGGUAACGACCCUAAAUGUCUUGACACCCGUCUCAGUUUUUCUUAAACUUCUACAGAUUGAACGCGAAUGUUGCAGAACACUGCCUCUCCUCUAUUAAGCUUCAUCAUCCUUUCCUCACUGAAACUCAGGUGUCUGAGGCAACUGACAGUAGCCCCUUUUCAGUUUCCUCUUACUUUCUCUAUCCAAAGCUGGAUGUUGUGUUUAUGUGCGCAAUGAAAUUAACCUGCUUUCGUGCCCACGCUCUUGAAUCUUUCGGGUUUUCCACCACCUGGCUACGACUACAGAGUCCCUUUCAUACUAAAUUUAUCUGUGUUGUAUACCUUUCACCUAACUCCUCUGACUGUAAGAAAUUCUUUGACUACUUAACUUCCAAAGUGGAGCACAUUCUGACCCUCUUCCCUUUUGCAGGGAUCUCCAUUCUUGGAGACUUCAAUGUUCACCACCAGCUUUGGCUUUCCUCUCCAUUCACUGACCAUCCUGGUGAACUAACCUUUAAAUUUGCUAUCCUCCAUGACCUAGAGCAAUUGGUGCAAUAAAUUUGCUAUCCUCCAUGACCUAGAGCAAUUGGUGCAACACUAAUCGUAUUCCUGACCGUCUUAGAGAUAUGCCCAACAUUCUUGACCUUUUCCUGACCUCUAAUCCUUCUCCUUAUUCUGUUACCCUCUCUUCUCUGUUGGGCUCUCCAAUCACAUCUAGUAUCUGUAUCUUGUCCUAUCACUCCAAUCCCUCCUCAGGAUCCCCUAAGCGAAGGUGCCUCUGGCGUGUUGGCUAUGCUAGUUGGGGGAACCUGAGGAGGUAUUUUGCUGAUUUUCCUUGGAAUGACUACUGCGUCCGUGACGGAGACCGCCCUGUGUGCCGAGUGCAUAAGAGCGUGGUGGCAGCACGGGCCUCGGCACUCCCUGGCACCACGGCAGGUGUCAGUGAGGCAGGCAGGUGUUGGUUCAAGUCCUGGCAGUGUCACUUCGCUACUGUAUUGUUUGGUGCAGCGGAUGAUGCUACGUUUUUCAUCACUUAGUGUAGAGUCUAUUUUUGCUUGACGUUAUUUGUGUUGGUAAGGCAUUUCCACUAUAUAGUGGUAGAUAUUCUGGGAAAUAAGGAAUUAGCAAUACUAAGACAUGCUUGAACAACACUCACCAGUGUGGAAGACUUGUCAGGCAGUGGCUGUAGUGGCUUCACUUGAACCACGACCAUGUUCUCCUCAACCCUUGGAAAGAGAACAAUUCAUCUGAAAUGGAGAUACAAAGAUAUUGGGGAAAAUUUAAGAGAGAGACGCUGCAAAGUGUAGCUGACAGUGUGCGUGUCGUCAUCAAGAGGAGGGGCUCUAAAAUGAAACAGUAGGACACUCGUGAAGACAUUCAUACUAUCUUUUCUCAAGGGAAGAGUGUGUCGUGUGUGUUAACAACGUCAGGCGCGGACAUUUUUUGCAUCAAGGGUGAUGUACGAUCCGGACAUGAAAAAAGUUUUUUUCUUUUAUAAUUUUCUAAUUUUUUCCCGCUUCUUUUGAUAUAUGUAACGUUUUGAUAAGAACUAAAAAAAAUCCCCUUAUGUAAAGAGGUCUUCUGUUAUGAAAUUCCCACGGUUUCGCCCGCUGCAAGACAUGUCACACAAGUUUUUUUUACAUUUUCUUUUCUCUUUUCAUAUAUUUUUCUGACAUACCCGUUCUUCUUCACUCUCCCAUGAAUAUCUACGGUUCUCUUGCUGCAUACAAUAUUAGAAAGCACGAAAUUCUAGGUCUAACUAUUUUCUCAAAUUGAUAUACGAAAAAAAAAUCAUAAAAUUAUUUUUUUUUUCGUAAAUCUAGCAAAUAGUUAAUGUAUCUGCAUUAGAUAUCUUUUGCAUUAAUAUUUUAUUUAUUUUCAAACAAUUAAACACUGGUUUUUACUUAGAAAUAUGGCGAAAUAUAACAAAAAUUGUUUUCACCCGCCUUCUCCCCUCCCACCCGGUAAUUAAGGGUGAAAUCAUGAAUAGCUUUAGGCCUUAUACACAAAACCAAUCGGAGUAACUAAAACUAUGUCUGCUUUUUCAACAUAUUCUGAUGUAUAUAUCGCGUGAAUUUCAAGUCCCUGGCUGCAAUAGGUGAAUUAGUCACCCCUUAAACUUUAUGACAUAAUAUCUCAAAAUGGCGGAUUUUAGCAUAUAAAAAUGAUCUGCUCCGUUUUUAUUGGUGUUACAGACAGAUGGGCUAUUGCGGCUUAUCAAACUGUGAUAGGCGAAUAAAGUCUGCUGUCGUCAUUUUUGUUUGGAGUUGAUUUUGAUUUUUGACAAAUAUUUCAGUUUUUUUUUUUACUUUUCAUCGAAAAAAAAUCGUACAAUAAAAGAAAAAAGAUAGCAGACUUUGUUCUCCUAUCCUUCCUGAUCAAAAUACUUUUUAAAUAAAUGAGGGAGGAGAUACGAGUUGAACACAGGCAAUUUAACAAGGGAUUAGCGAUCCUUCAACCCCCCUCAAGUGUAUGAAUAAAGGUGAUUAGUUACUUUGAUGUGGAAAGACUGUAAUUUGUAAAGAUGAGAAUAAAUGAGAAUAAAUUAUUUCUGUGACCUUGUGUCCAGCCAAUGUUUGUAGGUGUUAAGGUGAAACCACGAGGUGAGGUGACAUUAGUAUUGUCAAGUGUCUUCGUAAGGUACUCACACCAAAGUUUUCAUUUGCUUCAAUCAAUCAAGGUCUGGUGAUAAAAAAGGCACAGCAUCCUGUGCACUCUACCCUGUGCACGCCUUCCUUUCACUCUGGAAUGCACACCUUUAUAUAUUGUGCUGCAUUCACACUCAUUUUUCAAUAAAAAUAAAUAAAUAAAUAGUAAUCAACAAAAAGCAAAAAGUGACUUAUAAGAAAAUAAAUAAAAACACAGGUGUAAA